CAAAAUUUUUCCGAUUAGUCUUACUCAAUUUUUCUGAAAAUAUUUACUUGAUUGAAUGAACUGUACAAUUCUUAAUGAAUACAUGUUUUACCAUUAGUAUACGGUUGAUCUAAGAGAUAAAAUAUACUUCCGCACUGUGAGACAGUGGAGGAAAUGGUUAAAAAAAAAUUAAAAACUCCAUUAUUUUCAGCCCACUCAGCUAAGCCCUUGAUCUGGGUUUGCUUCCGCAAAUGCAAACUUAAAGAGGCCACCCUAAAGUCUAGUCUAGUUCUAAAUCAUAUCACUCUCCGAAGGCUCAUGUUAUUACUCGAAGGAAUUUCGCAUUGUACAGGAUGAAAAAAUCAAGAUUCCACAUUCUUGAACUUCCUGCUAUAUUUCCGCCCACUUUCCUAUUUCGCUAUUGUUUCAAUUAGACGUAUACUUGUAAGAACGUAGUCACUGUUGAUGCCUGCGGUUCAUAUAGGAAAGCGAAUUCAAGCUACUCAGGAAUUACGCGGCAGUAAUUAGCAGCAUCCUGUAGGACGUCUCUGGAAUGGUGGCGUCGACGGGAGCGUCACACGCAUCCUGGCGCCAAUUUGCGUAGAUCGGCGUCGUCGGGAUGAAAAUCGAUAAGCGCCACUGAUUCCAGCGUCGGCAUGUAGUCGAGGCAGCGACCAGUUUUUCUUAGAGAAACAUGCAGCCUCCGUCGCUUCGGGCAGGCAUUAGGACUCCAGUGCUUCGAUAGAUCAGCCCCCGCGCCUCAAAGUAGUGCCACGCCUCCCCUAGAGUGUCCUGAAGACUUUCGUUUGUUAGCACUCCACAGUUACUUUCGCAAUUCAUCAUCAUCAGCUAAUCCAGAAAGGCUGAAGCUACGGUCAUCAAAACAAAAAAAAAACAGAAACUGAGCUGAAAAUGCUUAACACAAAUCGCAACAUUUUGUUCAAAGCUGCCAUUCUUGCGUUAUGUGUUAUUUCCGUUGUGCAUGUCUUUCUAUUUCCGUUGUAUGAUGGAAAAAGAGUAACACCACGCACUUAUGGAGAUUUUGAGCUAACUUUGUGCAGCAUCAAUAUCAAAAGCAGAAAAGUGUGGAGGUUGAGUAGAUGUCCUCAAGAUGGAAUUGUUACCAUUCUGUUGGGAGGAAGACUUGGUAACCAAAUGUGGGAAUAUGCAUCGGUUUGGGCAGUCGCUCGACGUACUGGACUUGAACCUUACGUGCCCAGAUGCAUCAGAAAUAGAUUGAAAGAGAUUUUCGACAUGCUCACAGUACCAGGAUUUGAAGAUAUUGCUCAUUGUCCGGUUGAAUUUAAAACUUUUGUUAAUUCUAUCGAAGAGUGGACGUCUACUAACCAGAGCAUAAUUUUACCACGAUAUACAUUGCAACCCGAGCUGGUUUUAACUUGGGUCCAAGAUAUUCGACAGGAAUUCCACUUCAAUAAGGAGAUUAGGAACAAGGCUCAACGGGUUCUGUUAGAUUUAAGCAGGAAACUGCCACGGAAGGAGUACACUUUCGUAGGUGUUCAUGUGCGAAGGACUGAUUAUCAGGGGUAUUUGGACAGGAAAUACGGUGAAAAGCUAGUGACUAAAGCAUUCUUUAUAAACGCGAUGAAUUAUUUUAACAGCAAAUACUCCAACUGUCUGUUCAUCUACGUCAGCGACGAUCCAGGCUGGUGUUCCAAACAGUUCGGGCGGAUGAAGAAUGUAUUUGUUGCUUCGAAUGAAAACUCUCCAGCUGAAGAUAUGGCAAUUUUGUCGUAUUGUAAUCAUACGAUAUACGACUAUGGGACGUUUGGUGAGUGGGGGGCCUUAUUAGCUGGAGGAGAAACAAUUUACCUAAACAUGACGCAAAAUAUGAGAAAAGGAACCGGUAAAUUUAUGAACUGGAUACCAAUGAAAUAACUAUCAUAAUUUUAGCAAUUAAUAAUUUUAAGUCACCGACAAAAGUAUAAGUACGUUUAGAAAAGAAUGUAUGCCUAGUUAUUAUUGUUUAUACCAUAAGGUAAAAGCAGGUUUUGUACACACAAAGCCAAAAUAUGUACAUUAUUUAAUGUUAUGUUUUGUACAAACAAUGCACGAGUGAAAGCAUAUAAACUUUCUAAUUGGAACGAUAGAUAGACAAACUAAUGCAGUCGUCAAAAAAUAUAUAAAAACGUUAUUUCGGAAGUAAAAAUUUUUUCAUUAUAAAUAAGAAAGUAAGUAUUCUCAACCUGAAUUUAUAAAGCAAUAUCGGAAUACGAAGCAGAUACUUGGUUUUUAACUUCUUAAAAGUUUGCAUACUUAUACAUCGUG